AAAAAAAAAAAAAGGAAGAACAGGAGGUGUGGAUUUUUCUCAAUCUCACCAGUCACUCUCAACCUCAAGGGUCCCUCUCUGCAUUCAGAUUUCAGAUGCAAAUGGCCAUUGAACAUUUAUAUCAUUCUCCACCUUUGUAUCAAAACCAGUGCAAUCAGAAAAAAAAAAAAAAUUAAAAAAGGAGAUUUUCAUUUUUCAUGGCUUUCAUUCACAGUGCACCCUCUGCUUAGGAGUAGUGCUCCUUUCUCUUCCAGUUUUGUGGGAAUUUGUAACAGAGCGAAAGUAUGAAUUCUCCAAUUCAUGCCCCUUCACCACCUUCUUCCUCUUCUUCUUGCUCUUAUAACCGUCCUCCUCCAUGCAUCGCUCAUACUUCUCGUAAUUUCAAGUUUCCUCUGCUGUUGCCACAGGCAAUCCAUACCUCUCAAAAGAUGUAUCGCUGCUCUGGAGGCCAUGUGGAGUCUUCUACUAACAUUAAUCCCUUGAAAAAUUGUGUAGUGGGAAGAAGUACUUUAGGAUGGUUUGAAACUCAACCCUUGGUUUCUGAGCAAUUACUCAACAGGCGCUUGUUGUCAGUGGAAGCUUUAGUCACUCCCACAGUUCAAGAUUUUUCUGAUACACCUCUUAUUGGUGAUGAUAAGAUUGGAGUGUUAUUGUUGAACCUCGGAGGUCCAGAGACUUUAGAAGAUGUGCAGCCUUUUUUGUUUAACCUUUUUGCUGACCCAGAUAUUAUACGACUGCCAAGGUUAUUUAGCUUUCUUCAAAAGCCAUUGGCCCAAUUUGUAUCUGUUUUAAGAGCACCUAAGAGCAAAGAAGGCUAUGCUUCAAUUGGUGGUGGAUCUCCUCUUAGACGUAUAACUGAUGCACAGGCUGAAGAAUUGAGGAAAUCUCUUUGGUCAAAGAAUGUCCCAGCCAAAGUGUAUGUUGGCAUGCGUUACUGGCAUCCAUUCACCGAAGAGGCUAUUGAACAGAUUAAAAGGGAUGGAAUUACAAAGCUUGUUGUGCUUCCACUUUAUCCACAAUUUUCAAUUUCAACCAGUGGUUCAAGUCUUCGUCUCUUGGAGAGUAUAUUCAGAGAUGAUGAGUACCUAGUCAACAUGCAGCACACAGUAAUUCCUUCAUGGUACCAGCGUGAAGGAUACAUUAAGGCCAUGACAAAUUUAAUUGAAAAGGAGCUAAAAGGUUUUGACUGCCCUGAGGAGGUCAUGAUAUUCUUUAGUGCACAUGGGGUGCCUCUUGCUUAUGUAGAAGAGGCUGGUGAUCCAUACAAGGCAGAGAUGGAGGAAUGUGUUGAUUUGAUCAUGGAAGAGCUUGAAAAGAGAAAGAUAACUAAUGCAUACACCCUUGCUUAUCAGAGUAGAGUUGGACCUGUGGAAUGGUUAAAACCCUAUACAGAUGAGACAAUAAUUGAACUUGGGAAAAAGGGAGUAAAAAGCCUGCUGGCUGUACCAAUUAGCUUUGUCAGCGAGCAUAUUGAAACUCUCGAAGAAAUUGAUGUUGAGUACAAAGAAUUGGCUCUAAACUCUGGUAUAGAAAAAUGGGGUCGUGUUCCUGCGCUAGGAACUGAAACCACUUUCAUUUCAGAUUUGGCAGAUGCUGUAAUUGAGAGUCUCCCUUAUGUUGGUGCAAUGGCAGUUUCAAACCUUGAAGCUCGACAGUCUUUGGUUCCACUGGGCAGCGUAGAAGAGUUAUUGACAGCAUAUGACUCGCAACGUAGGGAGUUGCCACCACCAGUAAUUGUGUGGGAAUGGGGAUGGACCAAAAGUGCUGAAACUUGGAAUGGAAGAGCAGCUAUGCUUGCUGUGCUUCUUCUGUUGUUUUUAGAAGUCACCACUGGUGAAGGGUUUCUGCACCAGUGGGGAAUAUUGCCCUUGUUUAGGUGAGUGAGUCCUCACCUACCCUCCAUGGCAAUGGAAUUUAGUUUUGCUUGUAUAUGUAUACCAUUAGCAUCAUAUGCCCCUUGAAGGAAUGCAUUCAGGAGUUCUCAAAUGUAGUUUAGACACAUAAUUUGUGGAUGGAAACGAGAGAAAAAUAAUGUAUAGUGAUUUGGUUUGUAUACUACAGAGUACCUCUUGUAUCUAAAGCAAUUUUACUUGGGUUCCAUGAUUCGUGAUACCUACUCGGUGAUGUAGCUGAAAAGCAGUUUUUGACAUCACAGUUUCCUUGUGAACUCUUAAGACCUCUCUCUCUUGUGUGUGUGUUUGUAUUUUUGGGUCACAAGACAUUAGUACGAAGUAUUUACUAGUUUUAUUGA